GGGCCUCGUGCCAAGUGGGCGGGGCCUCGUGGCGACCCCGGGGCCUCGUGGCGAGGCCGCGUUUGCGAUGCUGCUGCCGCCGCCCUUCGCCGAGGAGUUCCUUUGCCGGGCCGCGGCCCGCGCGCUCUUCUACCCCACGCUGCUCUACACGGCGCUCGCGUGCCGCGUGCUGGGCCCGCGCCGCCGCCGCUGGUUCGACCGCGUGGACGCGACCGUGGUGCUGGGCGCGCUGCCCCUGCGCGGCUUGACCGAGCAGCUGGUGAAGCAGGAGAACGUGCGCGGCGUCAUCACUAUGAACGAGGCGUACGAAACGAGGUUCCUGUGCAACUCGCUCGAGGAGUGGCGAGACGCCGGCGUGGAGCAGCUGACGCUGAGCACCGUGGACUUCACGGGGGUGCCCUCGCCACAGCAGCUGCACGACGGCGUGGCCUUCGCCCUGAAAUACGCGGCGCUCGGCCACUCGGUCUACGUGCACUGCAAGGCCGGGCGCUCGCGCAGCGCCACCAUGGUGGCAGCCUACCUCAUCCAGGUACAUGGCUGGGAUGUGCAGGAGGCCUGCAACCACCUCCGCUCUCUGCGGCAGCACGUUCUCAUCCGGCCAACCCAGCGGGAGGCCCUGGCCCGGUUUGCGGCGGAGGUGCGAGCGGACGACCCUGCCAGCGCUCGGACCACAGCACCUCCCGGCUAGCCGGCAACCUGCUCUGGCCUUCCCCUUCCAUUGGCUGAAUCCUUUGUGGUAAUGUAUGUAUGUCUUUUCAGGGAGGCAUACCUGUCAACCCCUUAUCAGUGCCUAUCUUAUUACAGACCAAUUCAGACCUUAUUGGUCACCCCGUACCCUUAUAAAUCUCAACGCUCAUCCUACAAAGUUCCAUCACAAGGAAGAAACACAAAUAGACUUUGUUUUGCACGUAUUGAAUUGGCUGUACGCCGUAUGGACCUGAAAACAAUUUCCCUGUUCAAGAAUAUGGGUAAACUGUAUGGGUUGACCGUUAUGUGGAGGUGACGCAUUGUCCUUGUGUCACUGGUCCACAAAUGCAUUACCCAUACGACCCAGGAUGGCUAAUGCGACCAAUGGAUUUUCUUGAAGUAUUUUGUCUGUAGAUAACAAAUAAUAACAAUCAUAGUGCAGGGCAAUCACGAAUGAAGGCACUACUGUUUCACAGGCACAGUCUCACAGUAGGGGGCGAUGUUGACAUAUAAUUUCCUGCUCGUUUCAAAGGAUGUCGUGGGAUCUUAAUGUCCGCUGUGAGCAACGCAGAUGGCACGUAAAUGCACCCGCAGUAAUAACCAAGUUGCGAACACGCUACCACUGGGCCACAUGACCGCCCCAAAUCCGUAUGACAGCGAGGACCAAUGCUUGUACUUUCAGCCACCGUUGUACUGGUCCAUGUAACAUCCAAAUGUCUGGACAUACCACUGGCAAUUGGCAAACAUCCGCGUCCAUAUUGAGCCACAAGGCAUUCGCAAGCAACAGCAGUAGCACGUUUAUUCCUUGGAAAAGAAGCAGUUCUAAUUGAGAGGAUUAUGAGGUCGUGCAGCGUUUUAUUUUGGGAAAUUACAGGGAAUGACGUCAUUUCUGAAACUCAUGUGCAGUAUGUGGUAGGACGGUGGUUGCACGACUCAGUGUUUCGAAACACGACACGGGGAAAAGGUGACAAACCAUGCAGCUGGUGUGAAUUCAGCUCCAUUCCCUUUCAGGUCAUGAUUGAUGCAACAGCAUGAUGCUGGUCAAGUCCGUGUCAGGAAGCGGCAGGUGUGAGCCACCUUGCUGUAUAAAACUAUUAAUAUUUUGUACAGAGAAGGUGGUAAAGUGUUGUUAUUUGUGCUUGUGCACCACUGCUAAUGCGGUGUCACCAAAUACUUUAUCUAAACAAGGGUUUCCGUGAAAUAAAAUGUACAAUUUGUAUCAAGAAAAUAAAUCUAUGAAUAUUUAAAGAUUUAA